AUGGCCAGGGCGCUCGACCCCGCGCACCUGCCCCGGGCCCGGCAGCGCCAUUUCCACUGCAAGGAGGGGCGGGCCUGCGGGUGUGGGCGAGCCAAUCCGGGAGCCCCGGCGCGGCUGCGGCGAGGCCCCGAGUCCCGCGCCGGCUUCCCUAACAUGGCGGCCGCGAGGGACGGCUGCAGCUUGGGCGAGGCGGCCGCCGGGAGCGGGCGGCGGCUCCACCUGGGCAUCCCCGAGGCUGUGUUUGUGGAAGACGUGGACUCGUUCAUGAAGCAGCCUGGGAACGAGACUGCGGACGCCGUGCUGAAGAAGCUGGAUGAGCAGUACCAGAAGUAUAAGUUCAUGGAACUCAACCUUGCCCAAAAGAAGAGGAGGCUCAAAGGGCAAAUUCCGGAAAUUAAGCAGACUUUAGAAAUUCUAAAAUACAUGCAGAAGAAAAAAGAGUCGACCAGUGCGCUGGAGACCAGGUUCUUACUGGCGGACAACCUGUACUGCAAGGCCUCCGUCCCUCCUACCGAUAAAGUGUGCCUCUGGCUGGGGGCGAAUGUGAUGCUUGAGUAUGACAUUGACGAAGCACAGGCACUGUUGGAAAAGAACUUAUCAACUGCCACAAAGAAUCUCGAUUCUCUUGAGGAAGACCUUGACUUUCUUCGCGAUCAGUUUACUACCACAGAAGUCAAUAUGGCCAGGGUUUACAACUGGGAUGUGAAAAGAAGAAACAAAGACGACCCCGCCAAGAACAAAGCAUGAUGCUGGCAAUUAAAAAUGUGAUUCAGUUUUCCAAACCUGUUCUUUUAACUACCCCGAACUUUAUUCUGAAAGGUUGAUAGAAUUUUCAGUGAUUUUUUUUUUAACAGCAAGAAUAAUUAAAACUUUUAAAAAACAUAAACAUCAUUUUAUUUAUUUAUAAAAACAAAAUUAGUUUCAAACACUUUAUGCUAUCAGCAGUAUUAUUUUCCCCACAUCUCCAACACAGCAAACGCCGCUUUCAUCAUUUUGUUAUGUUUCUUUGUUGUAGUAAAGUCUUAGCCGAAAUGGCCGAAAACUGUGAGGUCUGCGGCAGAAGCUAAAUUCUGGACACGUUAGCAGUUUCAUUUUUCUUUGCGGCUCAUUUUACUCUCACUUUGAUGAGAUGGGGCCAGUUUAGAGGCAGGAAGAAGUCGCUCUGAGUGUUUGCAAACUUGUUUUUCUUUGGUAGACGUGGGGCUCUGCUGGCUCGUGAAUCACUGCUUGGCCGGAACGUUGCGCUCUCGUGCGCUUCUCAGGAAACGGUCCUUUGCCUUCCUGAACAGCACGAGGGCCGCUGAGACACUUUUCUUACCCCGUGUUAAUGUGCAGUGUCUUCGCGAUGCCAGCCGUUGGGGGAUCUUGGCCACCGUGAAAUAACGUCACUCUUACUUGAGGCAGUUUUGUAUUUCUUAGCAGUUCUCCAAAGCAGCUGAACAGUAAUCUUGAGAUAAAUAUAAAUCUUCAGUGGUUGACAAGAGUUGUGAGCUUUUUUAUUCAUGAAAAAACCUCAUAGGAAUAGUGAAAACUCCCCGUGGAAAGCUGUUGGCAUGGAGGCCAGUAGCAGGCGCUACGCAUUCUGGGAAACAUAACGGUCGUAUUCUCUCUCCGUGUAGUGACAAGUACACUUGUCCAGUGUUUUGUACGUGUAUUUCAUGUUAUUAAAGCAGUGAAGUCAAAACUGGCACCUGUUUUCCUGUUAUUCUUUCUGAC